AGCGCAUGCGCGGCAACCGGGAUGGCCGGUGAGGAUUGGAGGGCUGACGGCCGGGCGGAGCGCUGUGGAUUUGGUUUUAGGCGGGAAUUGGAACUGCAGCGGCAGAUGCCAGCAGGAGUCUAAGAAGUGCAUAUUUCCUACCUUGGAGGAGACCAUGGUGCGGCCUGCGAGGCAUAAGAAGCCAGUCAAUUACUCCCAGUUUGAGAACUCUGACAGUGAUGAUGAUUUUGUUCCUGCAACCGCACCGUUAAGUAAGAAAUCCAGAACAACACAAAAGGAGUUAAAACUAGAAAAACCAGAACCAAAACUGAAGAACCUCCAGGAAAAAGACAUCCCACUACAAGAGAAAACCCCUAAAAAAAGGAUGGCUUUAGAUGACAAGCUAUACCAGAGAGACUUAGAAGUCGCACUGGCUUUAUCAGUGAAGGAACUUCCAACUGUCACCAUUGAUGCGGAGGACUGUCAAGAUAAAAGCACUGAUGAACAUGGCAGUGGAAACGCAGAAACGACAGUUAAGUCUCCUCAUAUCUCCAACUGCAGCGUAGCCAGUGAUUAUUUAGAUCUGGAUAAGAUCACCGAGGAAGGUGAUUCUCGAGGUGCUCGAGGGAGGAGAAAGGCAGCAUCCCAAGCCACGGUCCAGCAGAGGAAGAUCCUCCUGGACGGCCGUGACGGCAACGGUGACGGCGACAGUGACUCCGAACCAGACUUUGCAACAGGUGACGAUUCUGAGGAUGAUUCUGAUUUUUGUGAGAGUGAGGAUGAUGAAGCCCUCACUGUGAGAAAAAGCAAAGUUAAAGAAAUCAAAAAGCAAAAAGUGAAGGUGAAAUCUCCAGUUGAAAAGAAAGAGAAGAAACCUAAAUCUAGACGUGCUGCUGUGGUGACUUCAGUACACUCUGCUCCAUCUGCCGUCAAGUCAGAAUCUCAGCCCUUGCCAAAAAAGGUUUCUGUUUCUUCAGAGGCCACUGAGAAGCCAUUACAAAUAUGCAGUCCUUCGGCUGAAAGCAGGAGACCUAAGUGGGUCCCACCAGCAGCAUCGGGAAGUGGCAGCAGCAGCCGCCCGCUGGCAGGAGUGGCUGUGAAGUCUCCAAGUCAGAGCCUCCGCCUUGGCUUGUCCAGAUUAGCACGAGUUAAACCUUUGCAUCCCAGCGCCGCUAGUAGUUGUGUGUAGCAGCAAGGCAAUGUUUGAUUAAGAGGAUCUUUGUUUUAUAAGCCUGUUUAUAUUUGAGGAGGGUAUUGUAAUAUAAAAGAAUCCUUUGUCGUAUAAAUUAUCUCUACCCAUUUUGUGAUUACAUUCUCUGAAAAGCUGUUUCAGAUUCACUUAUGAAGUUUGCUGUUUCCUUCUGAAGAGCCUUAUCUCUCCUUUCUGUGUAUAUAAGUCAUUGUCGUACGUGGCUGUCAGUUUGACAUGGAGGAUGUCCACAUCACACGCUGCUCUUUUCUCGUGACACGGUGCUUUUUCCUGACUUUGUCUAGUUUAUAGCACCUGAACUUUGUUCCGAGUUUAUCCCAUUUCUCCCAGGAGACAUUUCUGAAAUCUUAGAAGUUACUUAAGCUACAUUGUUAGUUUCAUUGUAAUGAUGUUUCGUAUUUUAGCCAAAUCUUUGUAUAUUAAGAAUUCAGAAUUAUUUUCCACUUUCAAACACUUCCCGUACUAGUGUGUGUCUCCUACUUAAAAGUAGAUGACUAUUGUAUAGCAAAUAGAAUUUUGUGAUGUUUUAUGAAGCCUGCAUUGUCAAAACCUUUAAUAAAAGUGAGAAAGUUUUGAUAUGCUCUUUUCCUUGACACCUAUGCAUCUAUCUGUCUCUAAUUGUCUACAUUUCAUGAUAAAAUGAGUGCUCUGCCAAAAAAAAAAAAAAGACUUGCCUUUUUGUUGUAAACGCCAAGGGGAAGAGCCGUUUCUUAAUCACUUUAUGUUGGGCCUGUGCUUUAGAGAGUGGCUGUUAAGUACUCGGUCAUCCCUGUUGUGUUAGAUAAUACAGCUCUUCGGGAAGCUUGGAUCUGUGCUCUCUGUGAAUAAAAAGAGUGAUAGAUAUUUUAUAUUUAUGGUGAGAAUUUCAACCAGCUUCUGGUCACUUUUUAAUAAAAAAUUUUUGAAUCAUGUUAA